AUGGCGUCGUUACGAUUGGGAGGUGUGAAUUUUGUGGGGGAGAAAGCGUGUGGGGCAAAUUUUCGUGGCUGGUUAAACCUCCCCUCUCCCAGCAUUUUAAAAAGUCCUGACAUCUAUGGAAGUGUGGAGAAACACAAGUUAUGCCGUUCCAAAGUAGAGAAGAUGCUGCCUUUGAAGAUAAACGUAUGGGAAUGCAAUACAACUGCUAUCCAAAAUGGCUACCUAUUUAUGAUGGUGAAUUACCUCUUUUUGCGCAUAAUCGAGCUUUUUAAGUACAAGUUCUUGUGA